UCUGUCAGUACGCUCUUCGUUUUUGUAAGAAAAUGCUUAAACUCAUGAUCAUUCCAUUCUUCCUCCUAUCCUGCUUUCAAUCCACUCAGGAGAGUCAAAAAUCCAAUGCAAAAGAUAGCGAGCAACUGUCUAACCCUGAGUUUGGAUCUCUCCAAAAGAGCUUGGAGGUAGGAAUUGGCCAGAAUGUGACCCUGUCCUGUCGAUUCACCAGUGGCUCUCUUCCUAUCAACUAUAUAUUUUUUAGAGGAAGUCAGAAUCUGUGGCCGACUAUAUGGAAGACAGACAGGAACCCAGCCCUGUUUAACCUAACUAUCAGUUCUGCCAGUGAUUUGGGGGAAUAUAAAUGCAAAGUUGUACAUGGAAUCUCCAACAGUACAAAAUACAGCAAGAGUCUCAACUUUACGUUACUAGAUCCAGUGUCCAAACCAGUGCUGAGCACGACUACUUCCCAAGUGAGGAUAGGCCAGAAUGUGACACUGUCUUGUCACUCAGAAAACGGCUCUUCUCCCAUCAACUAUGUAUUUUUUAAAGGAAGGAAGACUAUGUUAUCCAAAAUAUCUAUGCAAGGGAAGGCUGCAGCUGUGUUAAAUGUAACUAUCAAUUCUUCCAGCGACUUGAGUGACUAUAAAUGCAAAGCUGAAAAUAAUAUCCCCAAUAACACAAAAUAUAGCAACAGUCUCAACUUUACACUAGCAGAAGAGGAUGGCCUUUCCUACCCCCUCUCCAUUUCUCUUGUGCUACUGUUUCUGCUGGUGGUGAUAGCAACUGCCCUACUGGUUCCAUUUCUGAUCCUGCCUUGGUGUAAAGCAAGAAAACUGAAGUCAACAGGCUCCUCAACUGGUUUUGUUUCAACAGACAAGGCAACAGGGUCUGAAAACUAUGUGACAUAUACUGAGAUUGAGUAUGCUAAAUCUGAAGAAGUGGAGUACGCCAACAUACUGAUUAGACAAGAGGAAGACAGGAAAGUGAACAUGAGGGCAGAUACUACAGUUGUCUACUCUGAAGUCAUCGUAAGAGAUGGAACGCAACAAGGUAAGUUUCCUCUCUGAUUUACUGAGAGGAUUAUAUAAAAAUUUUUUUUAAAGAGAACCUCUACCCCAGUACAUUUUGCUAGCACCACUGUGCUUGUAUGGGAAGCACAUAAGCAGACAUUUAGAUGCUAGUUUCCCCAUCCUACUUAUUUUGUAGUCAGAAGCUGAUGUUAAUCUCCUCCUCUGCUAAUAUUAAAGAAUGGGUUCCUCUUCCUGAUUUUUAAAGACUCCAGUUUGAUCCAGACAGAAAAAUAAAACAUGUUAGAAAAAAGAAGUUAAUUGAUGCCCAGAUUUCUGAUUCCUUUACUCAUGCACAGUAUCUUACUCCACAAGUAAUGCCACUGUAACUAAUGGGACCAGUUGUUAAAAAAAGGUACUAUUAACAUGGUGGUGCAACUUGACUCUCCACUGGCAUUACUUUUUUGAUGUUUCAGCAGGAAGGAGUAAGCUAACAGUUAGCUAACAUGGUCCAGCUAUAAGGCUCUCACACAGAGAGCUUUGCUCCUGUGCUUGUCAGGAAUUUCAGAAAAUAAAACAGGAUUUUAAAUAAGCAGAGAAUAAAAAGGCCUUCUUUAGCCACAGUUAUCUUAAAAAUCUGUCCCAGUAACUGCUUGCUUGGCAAGCUGUCUCCCUAAAGGAGCCAUUGUUUGCCUUGCCAACUACUGCUACCUGCCAGGGAGCAGCUUCCCAGGACUCCAGAGUACAACUUUUUUACUUGAGCAGGACUCCUGGCUGGCAUUGCCUGUCUUUUCCAUUUUUGGGAGUGGGACUUAACAUGACCCACCGACACUGGAAGAGUUGACUAUUUCCCUGCCACAGCCAUUUCAACUCAGACCUAUCCAUCUGGGUCCCAGCUACAAUACUUAGGGGUAUAAGAUCAGUAAAUUCCCGCUCCAUAUUGCUUCCUCACUUAUUCUGUAGUAAACAAUUUUUUCCUAUCUAGAUUAAUAGAUUACUUGAAAUAAAAUGUUUACAGCUUAGUUCUUUAAAUUGUUCUGGUAUCCCUGAAAGGCAGAAGAAGUGCCUAAUAAUGUUAUAUUCAAGCCAGAAAUGACAGCAGUCUAAAGACUGAACUGGAAAACAGAGGUCAUGUAGAGAAACACACUCACCUCCUAACAAACACUGCUUUCUCUAAAAACAAUGCAUCCAAUGACUUUGCUUUUCAAUUGACCUUUUCCACAUUUAAGCUUUUGAAAGUCUCAACUCCCAUUUAUCUUCCCAUUAUAGCAGAGACUGGCAUUUGUCACCAUAUAUCAGCAGCAUGUGGAUUAGCUAGACUCCCAACCAAAGAAAAAACUUAUCCAACUCACUGAAAAUAUCCUUUCUUCCAGGAGACAAAAUCCUCUAGGACACAUCUUUGAGCCUGCACUGCAGAAAGAGGCAAACCCAGCUCUGUCCAUUAAGGGUAAAGCAGGGCUAAUAAUGCACAUCUGAAGAGUUUACCAAUUCGAGAACUUCUACAGCCAGGAAAACUUUUAUCAAACUAGCAGGCUCUGCAACUGAGCAGGAUUAUCUCUGCCUUACUUGUGGUGGAUAGAUAUGGUUUUACCUCUUUCUGCAGUGCAGUCUGGAAGAGGUGUCCUGAGCCUGCCAUUUGAAAUAAGGGUAAGUUUUCCUGGCUGUGAAAGUUCUCCAAUUGGUAAGCUUUCCAGAUGAGCAUUAUUAGCCCUGCUCGACCAAUGAUGGACAGACCUGGGUUUGCCUCUUUCUGCAGUGCAGGCUGGAAGAUCUUCAUAGAGGAUUUGGAUUUGAUAGAGAAUGAAUGCAUCAGAAAUCUUUAUCAACAUCAAUUUUGGAGGAUGUCACGGGUACUUCCCCACUCCCAUAAAUAAGAACGAAUGGUAUCU